UGGUUUGCUAUCCGCCAUAAAAGAUCAUUAGAAGAAGAAGGCUGUGCUGCGGUGCUGCGUCUGUUGUGAUUCGGCAGAAGAAAGGACAGAGUGUCCGAGCACACAGAAAAACUCCUGGUGAAGCAGCUGAGAUCCAUGUGACAUACAAGAUGGCGUUGAUUAAAGAAGAGAGUGAAGAAAUGAAGAUUGAAGAAGUAUUCAGUUUGAAACCAGACGAUACUGAGAAACAAAUAGACCAGAUGGCGCUGAAAGAGGAGGGUCAAGAGCUGAAUGAAAUGGAAGAGAAAGAUCAUGAUGAAACACAGUCUACACAGAUUGAAAAGACCUCACAACAAGGAGCUAAAAAGACAGGAAAUAAAAGGAAAUUUACCUGUCAACAAUGUGGAAAGAGUUUUGAUCAGCGUGGAAAUCUUACAGUCCACAUGAGACUUCACACUGGAGAGAAGCCUCAUACCUGCAACCAGUGUGGAAAGAGUUUCAAUGAAAAAGGAAACCUUAAAAAGCACAUGAGGAUUCACACUGGAGAGAAGCCUUACACCUGUCAACUAUGUGGGAAAAGUUUUGCUCAAAAUGGAAAAGUUAAAAUCCACAUGAGAAUUCACACUGGAGAGAGCUCUCUUACCUGCCAACUGUGUGGAAAGUAUUUCAGUGAAAAGGAAAACCUUCGAACCCACAUGAGAAUUCACGCAGACUCUCUCACCUGCAAACAGUGUGGAAAGACUUUCACUCAAACAGGAAACCUUAAAGUCCACAUGAGAAUUCACAAUGCACAUAACUCUUUCACCUGCCAACAGUGUGGAAAGGGUUUCACUCAAAAAGGAGGUCUUAAAACCCACAUGAGAAUUCACACUGGAGAAAAGCCUUUCACCUGCCAACACUGUGGAAAGAGUUUCGGUGAAAAGGGAAACCUUUCAAAGCACAUGAGGAUUCACACUGGAGAGAAACCUUUUACUUGCAAACUCUGCGGGAAGAGCUUCUCACAGGAGCUUAUCCUUAGGUAUCACAUGAACGCUCACACUGGAAAAAAGCCAUUCGUAUGUAGUCAGUGUGGAAAGAGUUUCAUACAUAAAGUGGAGCUUGAGACCCACAUGAGAGUUCACACUGGAGAGAAGCCGUUCAAAUGUGAUCAGUGUAAAAAAAGUUUCAGAGGUCAAAUAAACCUUAAUAGGCAUGUGAUGAGGAUGCACACAAGAGAGAACUGUUUUAAAUGUCGUCAGUGCGGAAAAAGAAUCAGAGGCAUUCAUCGUUUUAAUGAUCAUUUAAAAACUCACUCUGGAAAGAAGUCUUUCAUGUGCCAACACUGUGGAAAGUAUUUUAUAAAUGAAGGAAAGCUUAAAACUCACUUGAGAUUUCGCAAUGGAAAAAGGCCUUUGGGAUGUGUUAAGCGUGAGAAAAGUUUCACACAAAAGAGAAACAUGAAACGACAUUUGCAAAUUCACUCUGGAGGAAAAAAGUUGAAGUGUGAUCAGUGUAAGAAAAAAUUUCCUUCACCAUUACACUUAAAGAUACACCUGAGAAGUCACACAGAUUUUAAACCCUAUUCGUGUUCAUCAUGUGGAAAAUGUUUCAAAUGGCUCUAUAGUUUAAAAUGGCACAAGAAAAUACGUAUUUGUGUGAAAUACCAUCUGCGUUCACGCCGCAGAUGAAUGUGGGCCAAAUUGGAUUUUCUGCUCAAUGUUUAUUUGUGUAUUUUUUUGGGAUGAGACUGUUCAUAUGUUCACCUUUAUAUACUCACUGGCCACUUUAUUAAGUACACUUGUUACUACUUGUUAAGACAAAUAUCUAAUAAUCCAAUCACAUGGCAGCAAUGCAAUGCAUUUAGGCAUGUAGACAUGGUCAAGACGAUCUGCUGAAGUUCAAACUGAGCAUCAGAAUGGGGAAGAAAGAUGAUAUUAAUGACUUCGAACGUGGAAUUGUUUUUGGUGCUAGACGGGCUGGUCUGAGUAUUUCAGAAACUGCUGAUCUACUGGAAUUUCUAGGCUGUAUCUCUGGAUAUUUUCUUUUUCUGAGUAUUCUCUGAAAAUCCUAGUGAAUGACAGUUCUGUGGGUGAGAAGGCCUUGUUGAUGGCAGAGGAGGAUGGCAGCAGCUCCAGAAGAUCACAGAGUGCCACUCCUGACAGCUUAGAACAAGAAAACGAGGCUACAGGGUUCAACAACAUUGGAUGAUUGGAAAAACGUUGCCUGGUCUAAUGAGUCUCGAUUUCUGCUGUGAUGUUCACAUGAUUAGGCCAUAAUUUGGUGAAAACAACAUGAAAGCAUGGAUCCAUCUUUCCUUGUAUCAACGGUUCAGGCUUGUGGUGGUGGUAUGAUGGUAUGGGGGAUAAUUGCUUUGCACACUUUGGGGCAUUUGGUACCAAUUGAGCAUUGUUUAACUGCCUCAGCCUACCUGAGUAUUGUUGCUCACCAUGUCCAUCCCUUUAUGACCACAGUGAAUCCAUCUUCUAAUGACUACUUCUAGCAGGGUAAUGCAUCAUGUCACAAAGCUCAGAUCAUCUAAAACUGGUUUCUUGAACAUGAAAAUGAGUUCACUGUACUCAAAUGGCCUCCACACUCACCAGAUCUCAAUCCAAUAGAGCAGCUUUGGAAUGUGGUGGAAUGGGAGAUUCACAUGAUGGAUGUGCAGCCAACAAACCUGCAACAGCUGCAUUCACUAUAAUGUCACUAUGGACCAAAAUUUCCAACACAUUUUCAGCACAUUGUUGAAUCUAUGCCACAAAGAAUUACGGCAGUUCUGAAGGUAAAGAACUGGUACUAGCAAGUUGCACCUAAUAAAGUGGUAGUUGAAUGUAUGUGACCCAGAUCAGAUCAUAAUAUGAUCAGCUACAACACUCCACUCUGUUUGUCACAUCUAUCUUUUAGUGGGUGCUUGCAGUAGACACCUUCUAAUUACCCUUGUAUAGAUGCAUUGCUCCAUUUCAUAAAUUAAUAUUUUGAUUCUAAAAGUAUCAAUAUAACUUCUGUUUUGGUGUGAAAUGCUGCCAUGUAAAUAAAGACAAACUGAAUGGAAAAA